GAGUUUAACUCUCGGGGCCUAAUGCUCGUCUCCCGUGUUAUUACACAGCAAUAUUUGGGGUGGCGCCCCUGUCCCCUGACUGUUGUGUUGCUCGGAGGCUUCUGCACAGAGAUGGCAAGAAAGCCGUAGCAGACUGUGGGGCCUGUCCGGUUGGGCAUUUUACUGACAACCGUAACGAUAGAGCAUCUCGGAGACAUAGAGAGUAGGAAAGGAGCAGAACAACGGACACGAGGAUCAUGGGACUUGGAGUAGACUGAACCAGAGGGUCUAGCAUCACGCCAAUUGUUACCCACCCAUGUAUGACAUGGCCACGGCCUCUUCCAGAGCAGGGUCUAGCCAUAAUCACAGAAGAACAUCACAGCUCCAUGCCAUUGUUUCCUGUGCCAAAAUCAAGAGGAAAAAGAGCCUGUUUGGAAGUACCAUUUAUGUUGAAGUGACAGCGGAGGGGGAGUCGUGCCGCACAGCAAAAUGUCACAGCUCCUCCAGUCCAAAAUGGGAUGAGAGGCUCACUCUGAAUGUAACACCAUGCACACAGGUGGAUUUCAAAGUAUGGAGUCACCACACCCUGAAAGCAGAUGCUCUGCUGGGCAAAGCCACACUGGACCUGAUGCAAGCCUUGGAGCAGCAUGACAGAAAGUUAGAGAAUGUGAAGGAAGUGCUGAAACUAAGCAUGGAGCAAAAGGGAGCUGUGGUGGUCAUGGGGGAGCUGACUGUCUACCUAGAUGGAUUGACUGUCACUGACCAGGAGGAACUGACACCACUUACCAAUGGCAAUGCAGAAAACGGCACCAAAGUCCAACAGAAUGGCGAUGCUAUCCAUGAAAAUGGAGAGUCAUCCUCCUCUUCCUCAAGGGCUGCCAGCAGCACAGUGAAUGGUACAGGCUUGGGCCCGAGGACAGGUUCCUGUUCGGCCUCCGACAGUCAGGUGCCUUCCAGCUCCUGCAGCCCUGCCCUGAGACGUGUUGUCAAUGGAGACGCCACACCUGACUCCACCCCAGUCCAUCAGCCCUCAGACAGUGACACAGAAAGUAGGACAGUCAAUGGGGAGUCCUGUGAUGUUCCUCUCAGGCCAUCUUCUGAAACAGCAGGCGAUGUGCAGCCUCCUGGUGAAGAGUGUGAGGACUACAGUCACAGUGCCGCUCUGCCAGACUCUGACACAGCACUAGAUAGCACAUCUCAAUGCCUGCCACCCUCCACACAGGCUCCAACCUCCUCUUCUGCUGCUAAGCCCAAUAAUAAUAAUGAUGCUGCUGCUGCUUCCCCAGCUCAGGGGGCAGCCACCGUCACUGCAUCUUCAUCAUCAUCCUGUUCCUCCCCAGCAAUGGGAGAAGUGAAUGCUUCAGGUGCAAGUGCAAGUGUGCCUGCAGAUGGAGCCAAGCCCAUGCAGCAAGUCCCAAGUGCUGGAGCCUCAGAUCCUCUGCCACCAGGAUGGGAGCAGAGGAAAGACCCACAUGGGAGAACAUACUAUGUAGACCACAACACCAGGACUACUACUUGGGAAAGACCACAGCCACUGCCACCAGGUUGGGAGCGGCGAGUGGAUGACCGGGGCCGGAUCUAUUAUGUGGACCACAACACCCGCACCACCACGUGGCAGCGUCCCACAAUGGAGUCAGUCCGCAACUUUGAGCAGUGGCAGAGCCAACGCAGCCAGCUGCAGGGAGCUAUGCACCAGUUUAACCAGAGAUACCUCUACUCGGCAUCCAUGAUGUCUGCUGAGAACGAUCCUCUUGGCCCGCUACCACCUGGUUGGGAGAGGCGUGUUGACUCCAAUGACCGAGUGUAUUUUGUCAACCAUAACACCAAGACAACACAGUGGGAAGACCCCCGAACUCAAGGGCUACAGAAUGAGGAUCCUCUGCCUGAAGGUUGGGAAAUCCGGUACACAAGGGAAGGGGUUCGAUACUUUGUGGAUCAUAACACCCGAACCACCACUUUCAGUGACCCCCGCACUGGGAAGUCCUCUGUAACCAAAGGACCUCAGAUUGCUUAUGAGCGCAGCUUUCGAUGGAAACUUGCUCAUUUUCGCUACUUGUGCCAGUCCAAUGCUCUUCCUAGCCAUGUGAAGAUCACAGUUUCCAGACAGAACCUGUUUGAUGACUCUUAUCAGCAGAUCAUGGCCCUGAAGCCUUAUGACCUGAGAAGGAGACUCUAUGUUAUCUUCAGAGGCGAGGAGGGACUCGACUAUGGAGGCUUAGCCCGAGAGUGGUUCUUUUUGUUGUCCCACGAAGUGCUCAACCCCAUGUACUGUUUGUUUGAGUACGCCGGCAAGAGCAAUUACUGUCUGCAGAUCAACCCGGCAUCAACUAUCAACCCGGACCACCUCUCGUACUUCUGCUUCAUUGGUCGCUUCAUUGCAAUGGCACUUUUCCAUGGCAAGUUCAUCGAUACAGGCUUCUCGCUGCCUUUCUAUAAACGCAUGCUGAACAAGAAACUUGUCCUCAAAGAUCUCGAGUCCAUUGACCCAGAGUUUUACAACUCACUCAUAUGGAUCAGAGACAACAACAUUGAAGAGUGUGGUCUGGAGAUGUUCUUCUCAGUAGAUAUGGAGAUCUUGGGGGAGAUAAAGUCUCAUGACCUCAAGGCUGAUGGUGUGAACAUCUUAGUCACUGAGGAGAACAAGGAGGAGUAUAUCAGUCUAAUGGCAGAGUGGAGGUUCUCCCGUGGGGUAGAAGGUCAGACCAAAGCUUUCCUGGAUGGCUUCAACGAGGUGGUUCCACUUCAGUGGCUCCAGUACUUUGAUGAGAAGGAGCUGGAGGUGAUGCUGUGUGGCAUGCAGGAGGUAGACCUGCAGGACUGGCAGAGGAAUACAGUGUAUCGUCAUUAUACCAGGAACAGCAAGCAGAUCAUCUGGUUCUGGCAGCUGGUGAAAGAAGUGGACAAUGAAGUACGACUGCGGCUCAUGCAGUUUGUCACUGGAACCUGCAGGGUUCCUCUGGGCGGCUUCGCUGAGCUCAUGGGAAGUAAUGGGCCACAGAAGUUCUGCAUUGAGAAGGUGGGGAAGGACACAUGGCUCCCUCGGAGCCACACAUGUUUUAACCGUCUGGACUUGCCUCCAUACAAAAGCUUCGAACAGCUGAAAGAGAAGCUGCUCUUCGCCAUCGAGGAAACAGAAGGCUUUGGCCAAGAGUAGAGGGAGGAGUCCUCGGGUGUUUCUCUCCCUUCCCCUUGCUGCUGUUUAUUCAGCCAAGUAAAACUAAAAAAAAUUGCACAAGAUAACCACCAAUGUAUAAUAAGCUAUUUUGUCAUUUUAAACCAAAUCCUAAUUUGCACCAUGAUUUUUUUUUUUUUUUGCCGCAAUCCUGUUCUCCAGCCCUUCCAUAUUUAUGAUACCCCAUCAUGAAAUAUGCAAGCAUUUCAGCCUUUUUGCUCUGUUUAAAAACAGAAAUCAUGGACACUUUUUAAAAAUUUCCUCCCAGUGGCUGACUGUCUUUUUAAAAGAGACUUAGAGUUGUUGAGAGGAUUUUAUAGUUGAAGCGCAAUCUUCUUUUAAAGCUCUAGUUCUAUAGAGUUUUAAAAGGCAAGAGAGUAUUGGGGUUUUGUGCCUGAAUUGUGUUUUUCUGUUGCAAUUUUUGCUGCUUGCAUGGCUGCUUCUGAAGAUGAGCUGUGACUACUAAACUCACACACUCAAGGAUUGGAUCGUUCUGUGUCUAGAUGAGCUGGUUGUUACCAUUACAAAAAGGCACAGUGGUCACAAUGGACAGUUCUGCAGCAGACGAUGUGUGUGGACACCAGCCCAGAGAAAGAAGCAUCAUCAGAUCCUCUCGUUUGGACACAGACAUGAGUUAGGAAAAAGGAUUAUAUCACAAUGAAAAUGGGGACUCAAGAAAAAUAUAUUUGUGUGAUUGUGAGGACGGUGGAGUCUGUGGCUCACCAUCCUGAGGUCUAUGGCAGAGAUACUGGAUGUGCUCCAGGACACCUACAGUAGCCUCCAAGGACAAAAACCAGAGUCAGUUGCUCUGUUGUUGCUGGGCUGAUUCUCUUUUGUGUCUUUGAAAGGAACUGUAAACUAUGGUUUAUAGAGCACCAGACAUGAUGGUGCUUAUUUCAUAACUUGCAAAACACAUUUACUUUAACUCCUCAGUUAUAGACAAAUAUACCGACAGACAUUUGACCCAUGAAUAUCAAACACAGCUCAUUGACAACUGAAAAAAAUUCAUUUUUGGCCAUCAGGUCCAAGGAACAUCACGUCCAUACAUUCAACUGUUGUGAAUGGAGCUCAACUGUUGCCAUCUAUUAACUAAUGGUUGGUAAUGGUAAACAGUAAGCCAGUGUUGUAUGUGGCUCUCUGGCAUAUUUCCCAAAAUGGCAGGAAAUGUUCUGAAAGUUCCAUGGACUAAAUGCUGCAUUAAAAAAAGGUAUCAAAGUACUUGAAAACAACAUAUACAGAUGUAUACCAAUACUGCAUGCAGUAAAAACUGGCCAGGAAAAAUGAAAGGCUUAAACACUUAAAAGUAUUAAUCUGGGGAAUAACACUCAUAGCUACACUACAGUAUUGUUAGAACAUGAUUCUGUCAUAACAGUGUGCGCCUGCUGUUUGGCUGCACUUCAGCUACACAAACAUGAUCUUCAAGCCAUAGUGCUGAGCCCUUUGCUUAAGAUACGGGCUCAGUUAUCCAGCCUAUGUCCAGUCUCUGUCUGUCUCAGACUUUGAGUUUGUAGAAAUCAGUAAAGUUGAGGCUAUUUGCAGAAAUAAAUCUGAUUCACGUUAAAGUAACAGUUGUCAGACUCCAUUAAAGAGAAACUAACAUGCCACAGGCCAUAUGUCCUCAGCAGUCUGUUUGAAGACUGGCAGCAGCAGAUCUGACGACACAUCACAUUGCUGUUUUUGAUUUGUGCAUCCCCCUUUCCCCUUGCUAAUUCUUUUCUCAGCUGCUGCUUUUGUUUUUUUUUUUUUAAAUGUCACUUCUGAGGCCAUUCUUUCAGCCUGUGGUCUAAAUGCAAAUCCUUGUUUCCUCCAACAUUGUUUUUUUUUCCAGACCACUGCAAACAGCAAAAAGCUGUUAGACCUUUUCUAGGAGGAGCUUGUGAGUAGUCAUCAGUGAUGCAUUUAGCAGGACUCAGCUGAGAUGCAGGGAGGAACGACAACACGAAGACAAACCUUUAUUGUAGCAAAAGGAGCCGAAUCAAGAGAACUGCAGAACUUUGUGCUUCCUUUUGAACAGAAACCUAUAAUCAAAGAAAAUCAACUGUGUACAUGAAUAUUCAUUGUAUAAAGAUGAGCGUAAAUGAAGUACUGAAAUAUUAUAAUUAAUUACACAGAGCCGCUGCUCUGUUAAUGGAAAUCUGUGAUGCCUUGGUUCUUAA